GGCUGAGUGUACGCGUGCUGCUUUCAAGAGUUCUAAUAGAGUUUUGAUUUAAUAGGCAUAUUCUCACCUUUGUUUACGUAUGUUUGCUCACGAGAGACGGAUGAGUGUGAACUGGCGAACGUGUGUGUAUUUGAAUGAGAGCCAGGAAAAGGGGAAGGGCCUCGAGUGAGCGGACAAAAACAGCUGCUCUUGUGUGCUGGGGAAACCUCAUCCAGAGAGAGGGAGAGAGGAGAGACGGACCAGCAAGGUCCAGAUCUCUAUAUGGGUUGCGCCCUGUGUGCGGAUAGCUGUGGGGACGAGCCAGAUCCGGUACCCGUGAGAGGGUCUGUAAGGAGGGAGAGAGCAAAGUCCAGGGGAAACAUGAGGCUGACCAAGGCGGGGAAGGGCGAGCCCCACGUCUUUAAAGAAAAGACCUUCAAAAAGAAGCGCCAGUGUGGGGUGUGCAGGCAGAGCGUGGAGAGUUUGGGCUCUUUUUGUCGAGUCUGCAAAACAGCCACUCAUAAGAAAUGCGAAGCCAAGAUCAACACAGCCUGCAUCCCAGCGCAGCCCUCCGAACUGCGAAGGGGAACAUCCUCCUCUAGACACAUUCAGCAUCUGGGCUCGACCAAGUCUCUGACCUACACUAAACAGAGAAACACUCUCCCGAGGAGCUUCAGUGUGGAUCGGGUGAUGGACAGAGUGAUGGAGAGGCACUAUGAUUUCGACCUCACAUACAUCACAGAGAGGAUCAUCUCUGUCUUUUUUCCUCCUCUGCUGGAAGAACAGCGGUACCGCCUCAACCUCAGGGAGGUGGCAGCCAUGCUCAAGUCCAAACACCAGGACAAGUUUCUGUUAUUCAAUCUGUCUGAGCGAAGGCAUGAUAUCAGCCGUUUAAACCCAAAGGUUCAUGACUUCGGUUGGCCAGACAUGCACGCUCCUCCACUGGAUAAGAUCUGUGCCAUGUGCAAAGCCAUGGAGAAAUGGCUGAACUCCGACCCCCAGCAUGUGGUCGUUCUGCACUGUAAGGGCAACAAAGGAAAGACAGGUGUUAUCAUUGCUGCCUACAUGCAUUACAGCAAGAUAUCAGCAGGGGCAGAUCAGGCCCUCAGCACAUUGGCCAUGAGGAAGUUUUGUGAAGAUAAAGUGUCGUCUUCUCUCCAGCCCUCUCAGAACAGGUAUAUCUAUUACUUUGGAGGGCUGCUCUCAGGGGCCAUCAAAAUGAACAGCAGUCCUCUCUUCCUCCAUCAGGUCCUCAUUCCUACCAUCCCCAACUUCCAGGAAGAUGGAGGUUUCUUCCCUUUCCUGAAGAUCUAUCAGUCCAUGCAGCUCGUCUACACUUCUGGCAUAUAUGAUCUGCAGGGCUCUGGGAGCAGACGGCUGAUUGUUACUAUUGAGCCUGCACUGCUGCUGAAAGGAGACAUCAUGGUGAAGUGUUAUCACAGACGGGUUCAGUCUGCUGAGAGGGACUCUGUGUUUCGACUGCAGUUUCAUACAUGCACCAUUCAUGGAGCUCAGCUCUGGUUUGGCAAAGGGGAACUGGAUGAAGCUUGUUCAGAUGACAAAUUUCCCUCCGAUGCCACAGUGGAGUUUGUAUUUUCAUCUGGGCCUGAGAAAAUCAAAGGGAGAGUGACCCAGAGAAAUGAUCCAUCUGUCAGCGUGGACUAUAACACGAAUGAUCCGGUGGUGCGCUGGGACUCUUAUGAGAACUUCAAUCAGAGACAUCAGGACAGCCUAGAGGAUAUUGCACACACACGUGGACCUCUAGAUGGCAGUCUGUACGCACAAGUUAAAAAGCGCCGCGCUGCUGGCUCCACCUCCCUGCCAUCCACCAAUGGGAGCCCUACAAGGAGCUCUGAUGAAAGGCCAAGUCAGCUUCUGUCUGUCAGCACUGAUUCUGGACACUCAUCUGUCCCACCUGACCGGCUCGAUGAACCAACUCGACCGGCCCCGCCUACUCAGCAAGAGAGAGAGGAUCUUGAGCGUCUACUGGGUGGGAUUGAAGGUGAUGGAGGGAGAGAUCGUGACCGAGAGACAGCCAUUUUGGAUGACGGCGAUUCCUUGCCACCUGAAAGGACUGGGUCACUGAGGUUAGGUCGUUCAUGCUCAUGCCGGGUGGGCUACCGAUCCCAGCGUUGUGCCGAGCCUGGAUGCGAUGGACUCCACCACUUAUCAAAUGGUUAUUGCCUUGAUCGUCCCACCACUAGUAAUGGACACACAGGGACUCCUUCUUCAGGUAUGCCAUCCGUCAUUGGGCUAUGCCAACACCACAGUGCCCAUCCUCACCAAUCCCUGCCGCCUCCAGACCUGCUCUGGGACCGGCAACAAGGUCCACAGCACUACCUUCAUCGCACUUGCUCAGAGGGACCAUCACGCCACCUGUAUCCAUAUCCGUCCCAAGAGAUCAGCCCCCAUCCUCAUAGUCUGUCUCCCCGACUACUCUGCAGGGCGGAUGAGUACAUUCCAUACCAUCACCAUAACCAUCCACCUCACCCCAAACCCAGCGGCCCCUAUCACGAUGUCAUGAUGGUAGAUGGCCUAGUGACGCCCGCCUGCCCCUGUCGGGACUGCUGUCUACGACGAGAAGAUUUCCACACCCUCCGUUUAGACAGAGAGGAGGCAAUACACUGGGAGAGGGAGGCAGAGCUUCACCGGGACACAGGGUUAAGACGGGGCAGAGAGGCUGAUAUGCCAAGAGGGGCGGAGAUAUGGGAUCGGGAAGCAGGGCUAAGGAGGGGACGAGAAAUGUCUCUCCACUGGGACAGAGAUCGAGAAGCAGAACUACAGUGGGAGAGAGAACGAGAGGCAGAAUACUGGCACAGAAGGACCGCCGUAUCCCCCUACGGGCCCCACGGUCAUGAAUUACCUGCAUUUAACUUCGAUCCCCUCCCUGCAGGCCAUCCCGCAUACCCCGAACCCUCCCGGUCGCACUCUCAUUCCCAUCUGGAUCUCAAAUACAGCAGCAGCUCCAGUGGGUACCAGACACCACACCAGACGUGCCCCUGCUCCCCUUACCAGCCGUCACCCUCAGAGAGCCGUGGAUACGCCUCAGGUUACCAGUCUGAGUCCACGUCUCCUCUUCCACCUCCCUCCGCCUCCUGCCCUGGCCCAGUGCACCAUGCCAGCGGACCUUCAGAGAACCCAACAGAUCCCCAUCCUCAGCAGUACCCCUCUGGCACAAAUACAGAUUGCCCUGGUGCAGACAGCAUAGGCUGGCGUAGUCACAUUACCCAUGGUUCCCUGCGGCGGACACAUCGAGAUCCACAUGCUCCAUGUUCAACACCCUCUGAUAUUUCAGGACCUCCAACACCAGUCCACACAAGCAGCCCUUUGCGAACGCAGGAGAGUCCAAGCCUGAGUGUCCGAGAGUACGACUCAAGAGAGGUGAACAGUGAAAACAGUUUGGCCCACUCCCUCAACAGGCCACACCCACCUGCCCUACAGAAUACCAGUCCAGAGUCUCGGCAACCUAUACUGUCUUCCAAUCAAGAGAUUGCUGAGAUACACCCUUUUCCUUCCACACCCACCACUGCCCAACAACCCUCCCCCCAUUCCCCGCCUACGACACCUCCCACCCCACAAAUCUCAGCAGAAAACCCCACCCCCUUAAUAUCUCCAUCAGAAUCCACCCAACCACAGACAAACUGCUCACCUACUGCUGCUACAGUGCCACCCACAGGGGAAAUGGUACCACUGUCAACCGAGACUGCUAAACCAGCACGUUCACCACGUCCCUCCUCCCCCAUCUCAACUGAGUCCAUCCCAGCUCACUUGCAGACUAAUGGAGUAUCACCAUCUCCAGAGCCAGAUGUCCCUAAACCUGCUUCUUCUGCCCCUGCGUCUCCUCAGCCACCCACUGGUGACCACGAGAGUUCUUCCUCCCCUGAACCCCCAGUACCUGGAUUUGCGACCCUGGGCAGGAAGCUGAUGUUGGGCUCUGAAACCUCACUUCUUACAGGACACAGUAUGGACGGCAGCCCCAACUCCACUCCUACCUUCCCUAUCUCUCCAGCCUGUUGCACCCCAUCUCCUCCACCAGGCUCUUACUCAGGAUGCCCAGCCGCUUCUGUCCCACAGCCUCCUCUCCCUGAGAAACGCCGCCCUUCCGGGCAACCAGGCUCACCCAGUGGGAGAUCUGGAACGCUGAGGGCGUCCAUGAGUCAUCAGCCCUCUGGGCAGCACCACGUUACAUUCUCACCUUCAGUAGGAGAGCUGACCAUGCCUGCUGGGCAGGGAGAAGUUGUUGUGGAGGGUGAGAUGGGCAGCCGUGUCAGUGUAAAAUUUGUGCAGGACAGCUCUCGGUUUUGGUAUAAACCUGGCAUCUCCAGAGAGCAAGCUAUAGCAGCACUGAAGGAAAGAGAGCCAGGGUCCUUCCUCAUCCGAGACAGUAACUCUUUCCAGGGGGCCUACGGUCUGGCCCUGAAAGUUGCCAGCCCACCCCCCAACGUCAAUAACCAUAGCAGCAAAGUAGGAGGGGACCCUCUGGAACAGCUGGUUCGACACUUCCUGAUUGAGACAGGGCCUCGAGGAGUAAAGAUCAAGGGCUGUCAAAACGAGCCCUACUUUGGGAGUCUUUCAGCACUCGUGUAUCAGCAUUCCAUUACACCUAUCUCUCUGCCCUGUGCCCUCCGCAUCCCAGAGAAAGACCCAAUAGGUGAAGUUCUAGAGGUUCAGCCAGCCAGUAACAUGAGUACAGCUGCAGACCUUCUGAAACAGGGAGCAGCCUGCAAUGUGCUGUACCUGAACUCAGUGGAGACCGAGUCUCUCACGGGGCCCCAGGCUAUCGCCAAGGCCACAGGGGCCACGAUGUCACGCAACCCUCGCCCCUCUGCGACAGUGGUCCACUUUAAGGUGUCAGCCCAGGGCAUUACACUGACAGACAGUCAGCGCAGGGUGUUCUUCAGGAGACAUUAUCCAAUCAACAGCGUGACUUACAGCAGUGUGGACCCACAAGACAGGAGGUGGACUAACUCAGACAGCACGACCUCUAAAGUAUUUGGUUUCGUUGCCAAGAAGCCCGGCAGCGUGGCGGAGAACGUUUGCCAUCUUUUCGCAGAGCUGGAUCCCGAACAGCCUGCGACUGCCAUCGUCAACUUCAUUAACAAAGUAAUGCUGGCACCGCAGAGACGCUAGAGCCCCAGGGAAGAGGAGGAUCGUUCAUCUUCACGUACACUGCCGCACAUCACAAGACUCUAAUGUUGACACCUUCUGUCAGGUUUAAGGGCUUCAGAACUGAAGACUGCAGGAACUUUUUGGCAAAAGACAAGGGCUUUACUGUCGACUAACAUGAUACCAAAUCACAUUAAAACCAAAAUAUACAGAAUGUAACCAAACUAAAGCCAACCAUCUUUUUUGGUGUUUGUGGGAUUGUAAAUGAUUUUAUGAAAUGAAGUCACCAAGAUUUUUAAAAUGUGUACAUUUUAGGCACUGCAUUGACCCCUGAAUACAAUAAAUGUUAUAUAUGCACUCAAAAAUAUGAAUUGCACAGAUAACAGCCUCUGCAGUACGACAAUCAUCAAUAUAUAUAUAUAUAUAUAUAUAUAUAUAUAUAUAUAUAAGCGCUGUAAAAUCGAUUAAUUGCGAUAUAUAUGUUUGUGUUUGUGUGUGUGUAUAUAUAUGUGUAUAUAUAUAUAUAUAUAUAUACACACACACACAUAUAUGUACAAACUUUUAUGAUAGAUGCAGUUACAAUUAAUCGUGAUUAAUCGUUUUGACAGCACUAAUAAAAUACUGUAAAAUCGAUUAAUCAUGAUUAAUCGUGUGUAACAAAAGUUUGUAAAUAUAUAAAUGUGUGUAUGUAUAUAUAGACACACAUAUAUUAUCACAAACUUUUAUGUUAGAUGCCGUUACAAUUAAUCAUGAGUAAUCAUUUUGACAGCACUAAUAUAAUACUGUAAAAUCAAUUAACCGUGAUUAAUCGUGUGUAACAAAAGUUUGUAAAUAUAAAAGUGUAUAUAUAUAUAUAUAUACACACACACACACACACGCACACUCACUCAGCGAGAUAUACAGUAUAUGUACAAACUUUUAUGAUAGAUGCAGUUACAAUUAAUCAUGAUUAAUCGUUUUGACAGCACUAAUUUAAUACUGUAAGAUCGAUUAAUCGCGAUUAAUUGCGUGUAACAAAAGUUUGUAAAUAUAUACUUGUGUGUGUAUGUGUACUAUAUAUACACCACGCACACACACAUAUAUAUAUAUAUGUACAAACUUUUAUGUUAGAUGCAGUUUUGACUCACAUUUUUUUGUUUUUUGACGUACACUAAAUUAUGGUCAGAAACGUUUAUUAAAUUAAUCCGCCAAAUUUAAGUGCAUUUUUUAUGUCUUUUCAACUGGAAAGAAGGUGCCAUGGUUUCUGAAUCUGGCCCCGUGUCUGUGAAUGACAGGGAAAGUUACAGAGUGUUUGAGAUGGAGAAACAGAUGGAGGACCAGACAUGGCGUAGUCGUGAUGCUGAGCAGCUGUUGUGCUCUGCUGGGGUUCCAGUAUAUGGAAGAUUUAUGUGUCAUGUAGUAUGAUGUCACAAUGGAAGGCUGAUGGUCAUGUGAUUAUUACCCAGAGAGAAUUCGGUUGCCUUUAGAGUAGGAAGGAACUUUAUUUUGUCCCAUUUUGUUGUGUAUUUCAUGCACUGUUAAUAAAUAGAAUAAAAUAAUAUAGACAGUGGUACAUAACCAUCCACAUUAGCACAAGAUGUCAUAUAUGAACCAUAUCCUGGUCAUUAUACCACAGCCAUUGUGCCUGUCGUAUCGUGUAGUAGAACAUUAUAUUGGAAUGUAAUCAGUUUUUAAACUGACAGGACGGGUGGACGUUUCUGCCUUCAUUCUGUAUUUCAUGUUUUGCAUAAUGAUUUCAUGAUCUCCAGAAGCUGUUUGUAACCAAAGACGUGUGGCCAUGUACUCAUUCACUUACUUUAAGCUGUGCCAUUUAUUUUACUUGCCUGUAUCAACGAGUUAUUGCUGACAUAGUAAGACACGUCUAUGACAACUUUAAUAUAUUGUAUUCUGUAUUUUCUUAUGGAUCUUUGUAUGUAGUAAUAUAUUUUCACACAUGCAGCUGACUUGGAAAGUUAAAAAAAGACUACAUGGAAGGAUUUUGAUAAAAAAAGGAUUUUUUUUUUUAAUAAUCUUAUGCUAUUUUUUCAGUGUAUGCACAAGUGAAAAAUAUAAUAAAUGUAAAGUCAUGGUACCAAA